AUGGACCCCUUCGGAUCCUCCCCUAACUACGCGCAAGGCGCUCCAUCAAAACACCAAACUACUGUACAACCAGCGUCGCCAUCACCACCCAUGUCUCAUCCCAACACAUCUGAUCCUGCUGCGUCAUUGUCUAACAGUCUGAAUCCCCUGGCUCUGUCAUCUUCUCCUGGACAUUCAUUGUCUGCGCUCGAUGGAACACGGCCACUGUCGCGUACUGUCGUUCACCAUCAUCCUCCGCGGCGGACACCCAGUUCCACCUCAUUGAGAGAUGAACGCAGGAAAUCCACCCCAGGCUUAAUAAAACGCCCUUCCACGGCUUCACUACGAUCUGCACGCACUGGAGGUUCGACAUCUCCGCGCCCCAGUCUUCCUGCUCAACGGUCAUCCCAUACAUUGGCGGGUGAGCAUAUGGCUCCUACCGCAGCUUCUAUUGCCGCAGAACACUUUCGAAAGGAGGUAGAACUGCAUCAAUCAACCGAUUUGCAGUCUAAAACCCUUGUGAUCCUCCAAGAUGCCUGCUACGGUCAUCGUUUCUCCCGACCUCGAACAUCAAAGACCGCUCUGAGCACCAUUGUAGAGCGUCCCGAACGUGUUCGUGCUAGUGUCUUGGGAGUGUCCGCCGCCUACGUUCGUCUGGGACGCAGACAUGCGGGUGAGAUGUUCUCCCCUCAUCCGGACCUGGAUCCUCGCCACCUGCCUGUGCCAUUUCAGAUUCGCAAAACGGAUAGGACUCUCGCCCUUAAUUCUCCAGCUGUGACCAAUGUUCAUGGCAGUAAGUGGAUGGACGACCUGAAGAGCAUGUGCGAUGCGGCAGAAUCACGACUCGCGUUGAACGGCAGGGAGCUUGUCCGACCUCGUAGCGCAAACAAGGAUGAUACUGCGGUGGAUGCUCCCCAGUUACAUGAAGGAGAUCUCUAUCUGUGUUCUGAAUCUCUGAACGCCUUCGAGGGUGCCUUGGGAGGUGUCUGCGAAGGGGUUGAUGCCGUCUUUUGCCCAGAUUCCGUCAACCGCGCGUUUGUCUGCAUCCGUCCUCCCGGCCACCAUUGCUCGUCCGGCCAUCCAUCUGGAUUUUGCUGGAUUAAUAAUGUACAUGUGGGUAUAUCAUACGCUGCCAUGACACACGGCUUGACUCAUGCAGCGAUUUUGGACUUCGAUCUACACCAUGGCGACGGAUCACAGGAGGUCGCCUGGGAACAAAAUCGCAAGGCUGCUGCGGCCCACAGGAACUCAGCAAGUUACAAGAAGACCAUGAUUGGAUAUUUUAGCAUGCACGAUAUCAACUCAUACCCCUGCGAAAUGGGAGAACCGGAUAAGGUACGCAAUGCAAGUAUCUGUAUCGACAAAGCUCAUGGCCAGUCCAUUUGGAACAUCCACCUGGAGCCGUGGAGGAACCACUCGGAAUUCUGGGAGCUCUACAGAACGAAAUACUCCAUUCUGAUUGAUAAAGCCCGCGCUUUUCUGCGCCUACAUACCGAACGCCUAUCACAUGCGCCCAAUGGUCCCUCGCCCAAGGCAGCUGUUUUCAUCUCUGCUGGCUUCGAUGCCAGCGAAUGGGAGGGUGCUGGAAUGCAGAGGCAUAAGGUGAAUGUUCCAACGGACUUUUACGCCAAGUUCACGGCGGAUGUGGCCCGCAUGGCCGAGGAAGAAGGAUUGGGCGUCGACGGGCGGGUUAUCAGUGUAUUGGAAGGUGGAUAUAGUGACCGGGCAUUGGAAAGUGGCGUCUUCAGUCACCUAGCUGGCCUGGGUUAUCCAUCAUCCAGCAGUGCAUCUGACCCGGACCUUAAAAAUAACCGUUUGGCAUUUGAGAUGACCGGUCAUCUGGGGCUCCCAGUCGGUGAUUCUGGUGAAACAGUCAAUCAUGCACUCGGGGCAGAUUUCCGAACCGAAUGGUGGGAACCUGCGAUGCUGGAUGAAUUGGAAGCACUCGCUUACCCACCACCGAGUCCUACGAUGAAACCUCGUGAGAAAUCUGGCCCAUCAUACUUUGCACCGACACGCUCAUUUUCUGCCAAAGUGGUAACUCCCCCCCGUGAUCGGAAGUCCACUAGCUCUCGCGGCAAUUCAGACCCCGAUUCGCCUCCUCCACUACCAGAAGUCGGGUGGGCCACUGCAGCACAUGAGCUUUCCAAAAUCCUCAUUCCUAGCAAUCGACAGACCAUGAGUUAUCGAUCAGAGGAGCUUAACGCGGAAGCCUCCCGUGCCCGCAGGGAGCGUCAGAUGGCUGCUGAUCGAACAGAGGACACCACUGCUACUGACGAGAGCAAAAUGCAACUUCGCUCCAGAAAGCUCAGGAAUUCUUCCCGACCAAAUACGCCGAAGAAGGAGAGUGUUAAACCGCUUGUGCUCAAAGGCGGCAGGAGAACUACAAUCGAUGUUGCCGGUUCUACUCAAACAUCGUCUGCUAAUAGGCCAGUCAGGAGCGUAGGUCGGAGAGAGAGCACCCCUGCAGGCCAAGACACUUCCGCAGGAGCUGCCGGCCAUGUUUCUUCGCGGCCUCCCUCGAGACCAGGGACCUCGAUGAGCGCCAGGUCUUCAGCAUCAACGGCAGCUCGCAAGACUGCUGCUACUAGAACCGUUGCCUCGAAGCAGUCCAAAAGUCCCAAGAGGGUGCCUCCUGUACCAAAGGUCCCGCCCACGCUUGAUUCUGGCGUCUCUCUUAAGGGGCAAGAGCUUUCUGUGUCUGCCUCAAAUGGUAAAGAAGAAGUCCCCUCGGCUCGAAAUGAUAAUACUGGCAAGCACGAUAUGGAUAGUUUAUCCGCGGGUAUUCAGAAACUCAGUAUCAAACUGAAAGUUCCGUCGCCCGAGGAAAAUGCCAUUCGGGAGAAAGAGAGGAAGGCGGCUGAAGAACGCAGAAGAGCUUCAACAAAGAUCGUGUCUAAGAAAAUUGGCGGCGUGAAAGAUCAUCAUCUUACUGGUUCGAAGUCUACUUCGACAACUUCACUGCCUCCGUUGGCUCCUUCCAACACCGAAACCUACCUUCCCAUUGCUGCACAGGCAAAGCAGGAAGUCGGACCUGAGAAUCAGGAACCGGUCAGCCCGCUCUCUACCUCUCCUCUCGCUUCAUUGUCUACCCCGGUAGACUCGGCAACUGAAGCUUCUGGAACACACGUGGCUGCGGGUGUCGAGCAUUCUGGGACCGGCAAUCCUGUGGAUGCGUCCUGUACAGCCAUCACCCCGCAGGCGAUAUCGACUACAAUUUCUCCUCCGCUUACACCUGGAGGUGUAAACAAUACUACACCCCCUCAGCCUACUCUCUUUUCACCACCAGUAUCAGCCUCGCAAACCAAGCAUGGUCUUCCUGUCUUUACAUCGUCCGGUCCGAUCCCCUUUGCCUCCAAUCCUCAGUAAAUGGCCGUACUAGGAUCACAUACUGUGAUCUUACCACUGUCUUGUCCUCCAUGGUUGUUGCCGGAUAAGCUACAUCGCCAGCUAUGGUGCAUAUAUCUACACGGACAUAAUAAUAGUGCAAGCCAGGUGUGGUGUUUUAAUAUCAUAUCGAUCUGUUCUGUUUCCCCUUGUUCAUCGAUAUAGUCUUUCUUUCCUGGCUCCUUUGUAUCUGUUAUUUUUUGUUGAAUUAUGCCGUAUGGGCAUCCGGUCAUUUAGGUUCUCCAGUUGCGGAUUACUUGGUAUUUCUCAGUCUUUCUUGUCAGAAUAUACCCUUAUGUGUAUUUGAGUUCUCCUUUGAUUUCUUUUCUUGAUCUGGAGGUUGUCCUUGUGCCUCGGUAGUUAACAAUAGUCAGCUGUAUAUCUUGAUUACAUAACAUAACAUGGCUGUGCAUGUUACACAUAUUAAUACCGUAACUAACUAGUUACAGUAAUACAGAUUACAUAACGGCAUCGGUACCUGCCAGCUCCUUCUUCCGCCUUCCACCUCCGGCAGUUACUUAUUAAGGCGAUUUCUCCGCCUUCAUCUCCCCGG